UCAGAGGACAGAGUCUGAAGAGUUUCCUCCUCUAACCACGGAUGAGUUGUUGUUACAUCCACCCUCUACAGUCCGUAUAAACUUGCAGAAUUUGUGCGCGUGGCCGUUUGCCUCCAGCCCGUUUGCGGGAUGAAAGCCAAGUGGUGGAGCUGUGUGUUGGGACUGCUCUGCAUGCCUGCUGAGGUGAUACUGAAAUCAUACACGGCUUCACAAAGCCCGUCAUCUAUCUCAUAUGUGAGGGUCAAUUCAUCGAUGGAGAUUGAAUGCAGCAGCAACCUGGAGAAACCCACUGGCCUCAGUUUUAAAAGGCACUUCCUUGGAGAUGAGCAGAUUCUGUACCUCUUCUACGGGGAUGGUGCUGGAAAACUAACCAAAAAAGCAACAUUUAAAGAAAGAAUUGAUGUAAUCCAAAACCAGCCGAAAACGGGGGACCACCGUAAGGUCAGGAUCAAGCUGUUCCAGAUGGGGCGGAAUGACACAGACUUGUAUUACUGCAGUUGGACCUACAUGAAUGAAACUAACUAUGUUGAGUUAUCCCUUGAGAGCAAUGGCACCGUCAUCAUCGUCUCAGAGCAUGGACCAGAGAUAAAGGGCAGUGACCAUGCUCUUGAAAUGACCUUGAUCUACUCUAGCAUUGCAGCAUUUACCUUCAUAUUGAUCGUCAUCAUCGGCAUAAUGACUGUGAGGUGCAGGAGGUUUAAAAAGGAUUUCACACCUGACAGACCUUAUGCACCUCCCUUACCUCCAAGACCUUCACGAGCCCCCAGACCCAUUCAGCCUGGGAACAUUUACCCGCAGGAGCCGAACCCCUAUCAUUGCCCCUACAUGAUGACAUCUACAAACGACUACGGCAUCUGGUGACGCCCAGAGCAGAAGCGAAAAGACCAUACAAAUCUGAGGCCUGCAAGUGAAGGACGCUAAAGCUACUCUGUCUGACUUAGAGGAACUGCUAUCUUUAAAAUCAGCUUUUAGCGAUGCCUUCAUCUUUUACAAACAAAUGACUGUUUUUGCUUGCAGAAGUGUGUCUCAGCCACCACAUCCUGAAUGAACCGAAGUGUGUAUGCAUGUGAGGCAGAACUCUGUGAUGGAAAACUGCAAAGAAAAACUUUCUUUACAUAUUCUGAUUGUCAAGAUUUACUUGACCCGUUAAGUUGUUCCAUGUACGUCAUGUUGUCAAAUUAUUUCAUGACUGAAACAUAAAUAUAGGAAAGGAUUUAACAUAAAUUUCUGUCUAUUCAUAAAAUUAGAAAGGUGCUUUGAAGUAUCACCCAGAGGAUUUAAACUUUUGCUGCUCAGCUGUGCACCAUUUAGAUUAAUUGCAUGUGUGAUUUUACUACUUGGAAAAAAUCCAAGGCCUGAGAGGUUUGUAAAAAAUAUCUGUAUAACAAAGGAAAGGUGAACGCACGGUCAUGGAGACGUUUAAAGGAGAGCUAUGGAGACAUCAAAGGAUAAAACAACUUCUGGUACAAAUCCUACAGAGCACUUUUUAAUCUCUCAUCUAAAUAUGCAUAUUACAUUAUUUCAAACCAAUUAAGACAUGAAGGUCCACCUUUGUCACAGUGAGCAAAAACAAUGGAGCAGCUAAGAAACUCAUAGCAAAAGUAGAGGAUCAAGAUCAACGAUGACACGAGGUUGAUACAUGUAGGGUGUACGCCACAUUUAAAACCAUUGCAUCAUUUCACAUCCGUUUGACAGUUUGUUUUUUUUUGUAAUUUUUGUCACACGGAGUCGCAUUAAAGAUAUUUGAAGACUGUCGUUGUGAAAUGAAAAAAUAAAGUG